CGUCGGCGUGAACGGCCGACGUCACAUCCGCUCACCAAUUCGGACGCGGGAGCCCGCGCGAUGAAGAGCGCGUUUGUGACUGUGGGGACCACCAGCUUCGACGACCUCAUUGCGUGUGUGGCCGCCGAAGACAGCCUUCGGGUAUAAGGAUUCUUUGAAAGAAGAUCUUCAGCAAGCAGACCUUGUCAUCAGCCACGCAGGUGCAGGAAGCUGUUUGGAGAGUUUGGAAAAAGGCAAGCCACUUGUGGUGGUUGUAAAUGAAAAGUUAAUGAACAAUCAUCAAUUGGAGUUGGCAAAGCAGUUGCACAAAGAAGGACAUCUCUUCUAUUGUACCUGCAGGGUCCUGUCUUGUCCUGCGCCAGUCAGCCUCUUGCUUCUGCUUCUGGGAAGUGCCAAGAUUCUGCAGCCCUGCCUCAACUGCCUUCUGCCUAGACCUUGAGCUGUUUGAGAUACCUGCCUACACCAGCUCCAGUACUUGCCGCCACUGCCUGUUCCUCCCUGCAUUCUGUGUUUUCUUCUUUUUCACCCCUCUGUUCCUUUCUCCUCACCCCAUGCACAAUGCAUAAAGGAUGGAAAAAGUACUGCGGCCAGAAGUCUUUGAAUGAGGCAUCAAUGGAUGAAUAUUUAGGCAGUUUAGGGCUGUUUCGAAAGGUGAUUGCCAAGGAUGCCUCUUGCCUUUUUCGGGCUAUUUCCGAGCAGUUGUUUUACAGCCAGAUCCAUCAUUUGCACAUCAGGAGAGUUUGUGUCUCAUAUAUGAAGGAAAAUCAACAAGCUUUUGAGUCUUAUGUGGAAGGAUCUUUCGAGAAAUAUCUGGAACGGUUGGGGGAUCCUAAAGAGAGUGCUGGCCAGCUGGAACUAAGAGCUCUUUCUCUAAUUUAUAAUCGAGAUUUCAUUCUUUAUCGAUAUCCUGGAAAGCCACCAACACAUGUCACAGAUAAUGGCUUUGAAGACAAGAUUCUUCUCUGUUACUCAAAUAAUGGCCAUUAUGAUUCUGUGUACUCAAAAGAAUUUCAAUCAACUGCAGGAAUUUGCCAAGCUAUAUUAUAUGAAAUUCUUUAUAAAGAUGUAUUUGUUGUGGAUGAAGAAACAUUGAAAACUGCAGUUAGUUUGUUUCGAAGUGGUUCCAGGAGAAACAGAAACAACGCUUUGACUGGCAUUGUGGAAGGCAGCACUGAUCAGAAGAGCUCAACUCAGGAUAGAAUCGAAGAGUUGGGUGCCUGCUCCAGUGUCGAAGGUACACCAGAAGGCAGUAAGCAAGGAACAGAAGAACUAAAGUUUCCAGAAAAUCCAUCGAAGAUGCUCUUUCCUUAUAAAGUGCUGAAAGCUCUGGAUCCAGAAAUCUAUCGCAAUAUAGAAUUUGAUGCUUGGUUGGACGGUAGAAAAGAACUUCAGAAAUCAGAGUGUAUGGAGUAUGCUGGAAGACAUUACUAUUUAGGGGACAAGUGUCAGGUUUGCUUGGAGCCAGAUGGAAAAUAUUAUAAUGCUCAUAUUCAAGAAAUUGAAAAUGAUAAAAACUCAGUAAUAGUUUUCAUUGAAGAAUUGGCAGAAAGGCAUACAAUUCCGCUGGCUAAUGUAAAACCAGUCAACCAAGUGGCACUUCUUCCUUCCUGGAAUACUAUGCCAACUCGUAAAGGAAGAGGAGGUUACCAGGCUAUACGUGGAGGCUAUUUCCCGGAAAUGGUUAUGACAGAGAUGACCAUGAAGCAACGGAAGAAGAUGUUCAAAAAAGUUCGAGGGAAAGAGGUUUAUAUGACCAUGGCUUAUAGCAGAGGAGACCCACUUGUCCCACCCAGGAUUCAGCACAAUAUGCAUUUUGGGCAUGAUCCAUUAUUGUACUACUCACAGACAGCUGGCCAUAUUAUGUCUAGUGAACAUUUCCACCCUCAGCAUUCAUCUCAAAGACAAGGUCGGGGAUAUGGGAUGCCCAGGGAUUCGUCUCACUUAAUAAACAGGCAAAACAUGCCAAAUCCUAAAGUUGGGUUUUACCCUGGCCCAGGUAGAAGGUGCUGCCAGAGCUAUGAUAAUGUCUCCUAUAGGUCUCGAUCUUUUAGGCGUAGCCACCGUCAGAUGCAUUGCAUGAAUAAGGAAUGCCAGUAUGGUUUUGCUCCAGAGAAUGGAGUAGAAGAAACUGUUACAUUUUAUGCACUUGAAGAAGGGAAUGAGACUGCUUAUUCAACUUUACCUAACAAUGGUGUUCCCCCUACAAUGGUUCCUGUUACUUCAGGAUACUGUGUUGCAAGUCAGGGCUAUAACUCAUGUAAACCAACUUUGAAUUCAGAAGACAGCAAUGACCAGUGUGAGAAUGGAGGAUAUGGAGAUUAUCUUUAUUCUUCAGAUCAAGGCUAUGAAACUUCAAGUGUAUAUACAACAACUGUAUCUACAGCAAACCUGUCUCUUCAGGACAGUGGACCAUGUUCUGUGCCUCAAGACACAGUUACCUCAUACAACUAUCCCCAGAAGAUGUUAGAAAAUUCUACAGCAAUUAGAGUUUCCUGGGCCAGCCAUGUUCCAGUUCCAGUCUUACCUAACUGUGCAGCAGGAGAUAAUCAAACUAUUAGUACCUCUGAUGUUUCCUCACAGAAUGCCAUACAGCCUGUCUUUGUACCUCCACCUGCACAAGACAGUCAAGCCUAUCUUCAGCCUCCAGGAGCAGCAGCAGCAGCAGUAGCAGUGGCAGCACCACUACCACCGCCUCCUCCUCCACUUCCUCCUCCUCCAGCUCCUCUUGAAGCAGGAGAUGCAUCAGGCUUGUCUCUACCCCCACCACUGCCACCUUAUUCCUGUGAUCCAAGUGGAAGUGAUCUGCCCCAAGAUACAAAAGUUUUGCAGUACUAUUUCAAUCUGGGAUUGCAGUGCUAUCAUCACAACUACUUGCACUCCAUGGUCUAUGUGCCACAUGGGCAGCAGCAGCAGCAGCCGCCACAGCAACAACAACAGCAGCAGCAGCAGCAGCAACAACAGCUUAAUGGAGAGAGUUAUUCAGAUUGUACUGAGCAACCUCUUGUAGACCAAAGUGCUCCUCAUUUUUACAGUGAUGUAGUGAGAGCAGAUGACACACAGGCAGAAGUAUCAACAAAUGAUACUUUUCCCAUUGCUGAUGCUGUACCUGUCCCUCAUGGAGCAGUCUAUUAUCCAAUAAUGUCAGAUCCCUAUGGGUCACCUUUGCCAGGUUUUGAUUCCUGCAUUCCUGUUGCAUCAGAUUAUCCCAAUGUUGGCAUGUGGCAUCCAGUUGGCGCAGCAUAUGGUGGUUCUGCCCAAAUCCAUGGUGCUAUAAAUUCUGGGCCAGUUGGCUAUAUGCUUCUACCUAAUUCACCUCAUUAUACACCUCAGAAUUAAGAUUUGGCAAUAUAAAAUAUUCUUUGCUGCCAUUUUUACUUUUAUGGUUGAUAAAUGUCUUAUUCUUAAGUGGUUUAGGUGGUACGAAUGUUCACUAUUGUAUGUCUUUAAAAUUACUUUACUUUUGAAGUAAACUAUUUCUUUAAAACAAGGGCAUAUCACUUAUGUUAUGAAUAAGAAAAUUGCAAUGAAUGUAAUGGUCCCUAUAAUGAGCAAGUUCAUUGUAGGCAGUUUUCUGUUAGCCAGCUUGUGAACAUUGUACUAACUGAUGGUGCCAACUGAUAAAAGAAGGAAAACAUACAAGCUGUUUUCUUAUAAUAUAAUGCAUAUUAAUCAACUAUUUAAAAUUAAUAUGAUUUCCACUUUUCAAGAAAUUUAAGAGAGGGAAAGUUAUGCUCCUAGCUAUUUGUUUAUAUUAAAUGAGACUUCAGGUUUAAGAAUUGUCAGAACUGAAUUGCAGUCUGAUAUUUAGUUUUGAAGUUACAUGGUGUUCUGCUUUACAUUUGCCACAUAUGGUAUUGUUUAAUACUGGAUUCACAUAAGUGUCCUGCUGCACAGUAUUAUAGUGUCCUUUGCACAAUUUGCAGUAAAUAAAAACUAGCAUUUAAAAUUGCCAAAA